AUUCUCUCCCUUUUUUUUAGAUUUGCCUCUAGAGAGAUGGAUAUCUUUAUGGUUGAGGACUUCACUGUGACCGGUAACACCAGCCAUGAAGUAGGACGGGAAAGACUUGAAGGCAGCAAAAGUCAAGGACUCAACCACAGUGACCCUUUAGACAUGUUUAUAGGUAUGGAACUUCUUCUACGUUUCAAGCCUCUCUUCCUGCCCCUCUACUUCAUCGUAGUGGUCGUGGCUGGUGUUGGAAACUCCUUCCUGUUGGCUUGCAUCUUGGCCGACAAGAAACUCCACAAUGCCACCAACUUUUUCAUCGGGAACUUAGCGGCUGGAGACCUGCUGAUGUGUCUGAGCUGUGUUCCUCUGACCGUGUCUUACGCCUUUGACAGCCAUGGCUGGACUUUUGGGAGACCCCUCUGCCACCUGGUCCCUUUGCUGCAAUGUGCCACAGUGUUUGCAUCAGUGCUUUCUCUCACUGCUAUCGCUGUGGACCGCUAUAUUGUUGUAGCUCACCCAGUGCGGAGGAGGAUCUCUGUGUGGGGUUGUGGUGCCGUGACUCUGGGUGUCUGGCUUUUAUCUCUGGCCCUGGCUGCUCCUCCAUCGCUCUACACACGCUACCUGGACCUGCGACCCAGUGGCAUUGACCUGGUAGUGUGUGAGGAAUUCUGGCCAAAUAGUGGCAAUCUGCGGCUGCUUUACUCCUGCUUCAUUCUCAUUGCCUCCUACAUGAUACCGCUGCUGUCUGUCAGCAUAUCCUACUGUGCCAUUACCAUCAGCCUGAAACGGUAUUCAGUCCCCGGUGAGCCAUCCAACAGUCAGCAGUGCUGGAGCCAAAGGAGGAAGAAGACUUUCUCACUGCUAGUGGCCUCAGUGCUCGCCUUUGCCCUGUGCUGGCUGCCCCUGCAGGUGCUGAACCUGUUGCUGGACCUUGACCCAGACUUCCACAUCAUAGGAAAGCGCUACAUAAACGUCUUACAAGUCUGCUGUCAUUUAGUGGCCAUGAGCUCUGCUUGUUACAACCCCUUCAUAUAUGCCUCACUGCACAGCAAGGUACGCAUGCACCUGAAAGGCUACCUCUGUCCUUGUCGACAGAGGGGGAUGGUGGAGAGAUCAAUGUCCAGGAGCUGAUUUCCGCCUGUGCCAACAACGAUACAACCUAUUUAGCAACUCAUGACAUGCAGAGUCCUGUACCUACCCACAAGCAAACACCUGCACCCCUAACACCGAUGAUAAUAUCUGAUGUGUGUCCAGGAGAAAACAAGGCAACUGCUCAACACUCAUUUAAACCAGCUUCACCCAUGUUUUUCCAGCAUUUUGUGACUUCAAGACAUUUGGUCCUCUCUUGUACAGAGUCACCAGAGGCAGUGUUAAAAAAGGCCACUUAUGACAAACAAAAGCAAAGGAGUGGAUCCAGACCAGACUGUAGCUAAGCAUGAUGAAGGAAAUCAAGUCAUCCUCUGGGAUCCCUGUGUUUUUCUUGGACGGCCGAGCUGCUGGUAUAGACACUAAGCAGAUCCUGCAGUUUUAAAACAACUAUCAGGGGCAUAAACAGAGCCUCAGGCUGAGGAGGCUCUGUGCUGUAGGUGACUGUUGCUGGAGGCUGAGACCAGGGGUUACCGGGUUGGUUAUUCUGAAACAGUAAACACUUCAGGGAGCUGACUGAAUGAUGACUCUUCUCGCUGCACACAGAUUACAGACAGAAAAAAGAUGUGCAAAAGACACAGUGUGAUAUUUUAUGUUGUUACUUGUUCUGAAUGUCUGUGCUUCAACAUAUUAUUCUUAGUAUCCAACCCAGUCUCACAAUCUAUGUACAAAUAACACAACUUUACACUUUCAAAUUGUGUGCAUACGCCAAAGUCCGACUUUGCGUGCAGGGGAUAACGUCACAUUUUUAACCUUUUCACAUCUCAUUUAAUGCUGUUGGUUAGGUUUAGGCACAAAAAAAGUAUCAUUUACUUGUAUAUCACCUACCUUAUUUUAGAUUUAUCACAUUGUUAUGCAUCUUGCCUGCUAAUUGCAGUGUUAUUAUUUAGUAUAUAUUUUCUAUGAUUUAGCUCUUUGUGAGUCAUAUAUGUACAUGGAUAAUUAUGUUUGUGUUAGUGCACACACAAUGCUGUGUGUACAGUUUGUGUGGACCUGGGUGGAAAAGAUAAAGAUGUACAGCAGUGGGAGAUGAAAUAUGUGACUUUAAAAACCCUGUUUAUAAAAAUUAAAUCUGUACCAAAUUCAUAAAGGUGUUAUCUGACAAGCAGAGUCCCAGUGCAUUGACUCUGUCUGAAAAACAACAUUGUCCCAAUGAUCAACUUAAUAUUCAUAACACAUCCUCAUAAUUAAAUGACCACAUUGGUCGAUUGUACCUGCACUGCAGAGAGACCCAUAAUAGUGUAAUACCACUUUCCAUAGCCGUUACAAAUCAUUUAUGUUUUAUGG